CUGCUCCUGGGAGCACUCGGGUCCGGUUGGCGGCGCCGUCGAUUUAAAAUAGCAUCUUUCGGACCAGUCUCCGCCGUCCCACUCCCCGACCUCGGCGUUGCUUGGGCUCCCGCAGCCCUCCCUAGGUCUCUUCCAAAGGACCACCUCACGGAUUCCUUAUGGAUCGAAGCUCCAAGAGGAGGCAGGUGAAGCCUUUGGCAGCUUCUCUGCUAGAAGCUCUCGAUUAUGAUAGUUCAGAUGACAGUGAUUUUAAAGUUGGAGAUGCGUCAGAUUCUGAAGGGAGUGGUAAUGGAAGUGAAGAUCCCUCAAAGGACAGUGGAGAAGGUUCCUGUAGUGAUUCUGAAGAAAACAUUUUAGAGGAAGAGUUGAAUGAAGAUAUUAAAGUAAAAGAAGAACAACUUAAACAUUCUGCAGAUGAAGAAAUACUGUCAUCAGAAAAACAGUUAAUUAAAAUGGAAAAGAAAGAGGAAGAAGAAAAUGGAGAAAGACCUAGAAAGAAAAAGGAGAAAGAAAAGGAAAAAGAAAAGGAUAAAGAAAAAGAGAAAGAGAAGGACAGAGAAAAAGAAAAAGAAAAAGCAACAGUAUCUGAUAACAUGUCAGCUUCUGCUACUGCCACCACACCCUCCACAAGUCCUCCUGCUGUUAAUGCAUCCCCUUCUGUCCCCACUACAACAACCACUGCAGAGGAACAAGUCAGUGAGCCAAAAAAGUGGAACCUUCGUCGAAACCGACCACUUUUGGAUUUUGUAUCCAUGGAAGAGCUAAAUGACAUGGAUGACUAUGACAGCGAAGAUGACAAUGAUUGGCGACCUACUGUAGUGAAGAGAAAAGGGAGAUCUGCGUCUCAGAAAGAGGGAAGUGAUGGAGACAAUGAGGAUGAUGAAGAUGAGGGAAGUGGGAGUGAUGAGGAUGACAACGAUGAAGGCAAUGAUGAGGAUCAUAGCAGCCCAGCCAGUGAAGGUGGUUGCAAGAAGAAGAAGAGUAAAAUUCUUAGCAGAAACAGUGCUGAUGAUGAGGAAUUGACCAAUGAUAGCCUGACACUAUCUCAAAGCAAGAGUAAUGAGGACUCGCUGAUUCUUGAGAAGAGUCAAAACUGGAGUUCUCAGAAAAUGGACCAUAUUCUGAUUUGCUGUGUUUGUCUUGGAGAUAAUAGUGAGGAUGCUGAUGAAAUAAUUCAGUGUGACAAUUGUGGCAUUACAGUUCAUGAAGGUAAUUUUACCUUGUUUUUGUCUUCUUUUACAAAUGGCUGA